GUGAAGACACCGACGAAGAUCUGUCCAUUUCAUCGCGUCUGUUUCCACCUGACGUGAAAGAGACCUCCCCCCCUCCCUCUCCUUCUCCUUCUCCCCUCCACACACACACACACACACACACUGAUCACACACGGAUCUGGAGGAAGCGGAUAUAUAUGUGGACCGCAGUGUCUCAUUUGCAGCAUCUCAUCACCAUCUCUGGGAGAAAAACGCUGCUGCUGCUCCAGAGAUAACACCCCGUGUUCUGGUAUGAAGAAUAGGGAGCUGUUGGAGGUGUCCCAUGGGCAUGUUUGUCCUCUGGCCGUCCAGCCUGUGUGUCUCUGCUCUGCACACAGACGCUCUGGGAGGGAGAAGAAAGACCGUCUAAAAAUAAACUGACACGCACCACCAGCAGAAAAACAAACCGACAAAUAGAAGAAGAGGACACAAAAGAGUUUCCCUUUCCCUUUUUUGUCUCUCUCUCUCUCUCUCUCUCUCUCUCUCUCUCUCUCUCUCUCUCUCUCUGCUCCAUUUCUGCUUCUCUGUCCUCAUUACGGCUUGAGAGGAGGUCAUGUCCCAGUCUGGAAAAGUCCUUCAUUUGUAUGUGGAAGUGAGGUCUGCCCCAGAUCAGAGCGGAGGGAAGGAAGAGAUUGCUCAGGGGCAUUCGGAUUCGGUUCAGGACAGUCCAGCGGAGCUCCUGUCUCAGCUAGCGAGCCAGACGUGCGUCACCAAGGCCUCCGCAGCUCACCGCCUGCUUCAGGACUGCACACACAGCCAGUCUCCUUCCAGAAACAGCUUUCAGCUCCAGCAAGCCAGCAGCUCCCCGACAGUCACCAAGCUCCGGAGUACACCGUGUGAUGGAGUGUCUGCCGUCCACUCUUCGCCAAUGAUGCCCUCUUCUGGAAAGGUCUCCGUCCCUCACACGCCUCCCAACUGCCGGAGGUUUACCAAAGAAGAGGUCAGCGAUGGCACGCGGUCUGUGGUCACCUUCAGCUACAUUGAGAAGUCCAAUGUGAAGACCGUGGAGAGUCCACGCAACUCUGUGUGCGAGAGAGGGACCAGAGAGGAACGAUCUACCCCCUCUUACUUUCGUAAAAGACUCAGCGACCCAGUUUGGUUCGGGAGUCCCGAUUCAUCGCGCAGCUCUAGUCCCAAGCUGACAUUUCGAUCUCCGGGAAGUCACCAGCAGACGUUCUCUCCCGGCCUUCGGCAGUCAGCUUUGGACCCCAUCGGCAGGGCAGCUACCCAGAGGGCUGUGGAGGAGUUUGGCUCCCCUCUACUGAGAAUUAAACUAGCCCACGCACUUGAGCAAUCCUCAUCUUCGCGCUUCAACCAACAGCCACGCUGUCAGUCCUGGGCUGGCUCUCCUGUUCAGCGUCAGAACAUCAGCGCAAAUCUCAAAGACUUCACAGAUAGGAGCCAGGCUAUUUGUGGGCUGCCUCGGAGCCCCGCGUCAGACCAGCUAUCCUCCCAGUCCAGGCAGUCUCCUCACGCAAAGCCAGAGUCCUGUGUCGAGUCCCAGAGCCCUCUUCGCUGGUCAGCAGAGGCCAGAGCUGUGGCAGGAAGUCCAGCCACCAAAAGACAUGUUCACAGGUCCUGCAACAGGAGCACUCCCACACAGGGAACAAUCCUCCAACUUGGCAAUAAUGUAGUUGAGGGCUUGAACCAGUUAAGUGACAGUAAAUCCUCCUCUCCGGCUCAUAGCCCUGAAGUCGCCCGCAGGUUAGCAGAGGAGGCUACCAAACUAUCUUCCAUUCUCACAGAGGCCCGCAGGUCCUCAUUGCACAACGCUUUAGGCGAUCCCGCCGGAGACUUUCACAGUCCAGCUCCAAACGCACAACAGUCUAAGCAAACGCUUAAGAUGAACAUCCCUUUAAACGAGCAACACGCGCAAGCAACUGACAACACGGACUCCCACCAGCCUGAAACCCCCCGUACUAAUUAUCAAACCCACCAGGAGGACCGCGUUCAGAAGUCCCAGCAUCAGAGCUCAACUUUAGCAGCCGCUCAGAGUUCCCCCGCCAUUCCUUCACGUGUUUUCCGUCCGUCUCAUCCUCCCACUGAGCUCAGCUCUCCCAUGAGGGACCCCAGGCUAUUCCAAGCGGAGCUCCGAGCCCCAGAUACCCCCACCCUGCAUCGCCGUCAGCUCCGGUACGCCAGAGACUCCUGGACCCCGGGCCUGGACAAGAGAGGAGACCUGAGCUGUUUCGAGAGAGGCGACUGCACUGAGCUUGCACGCAGGCUCUUUAUCACUCAGAGUGUUGAGGAGGCGCCGGUCAGCUGGACAUCCAGACAGCAGUGGGGGACGCAGGUGGAGAACAGCCCGAGGCCGAACCCUGAGGCUGGAUUUAGGUCUGUUGAUGACCAAACGCCUGAGCGUCAAUCCAGUCAGCGUCGCCGGCCGCUCAGUCCCACAGCCCAGCAGAAACGAGCUGAGCAGAGGAGGAGAGAGAUCCUGCUUCUGGGCCCGGUGGUGCUGGACUCUCCAGAGGAGGACGAGGGUGAGGAAGGCCAGGGCGAUGAUGAGAUGGACGGGUACGAGGCGGAGCAGCAGAGGGUUCAAGAGCCUCCAGAGGCGGAGCACAACGGAGCGAUGGGAGGGUCGUCCUCGCGGAGCUCCAGUGGCGUGACGGGCAGCUUGGGGGACAGAGACUGUGUGUCCCCCGAGUCCAGUCAGUCCAGUCACCAGAGCAACGAGACCGGGGCCGCCACCUCAGGAAUACAGACGGACAGUGGCUGUGCAGUGCCCGUACCCUCGCUCCAUUGUCAGAGGAUCGCUCGUGCCAAGUGGGAGUUUUUAUUCGGGACCCCUGCGGAGGAGGCUGCAAGCAGGGGGGAGAAACAUUCUCUGGAAGCCUCCACAGCUCCUCCCAGCGGUAACUCCAGCGAGUCUCCCACCCCGACUCCCCCUUCCUCCCUCCCUCUGCUUUCUGCCAAUCACGAGGUGCAGCAUGUGGAGGUCGAGCUGCUGACCCCUCCUCCGGCUAUAAUCGGGACGUCGCCCAAAACCGGCAUCAUUCGCCGCACGUUGAAGUACUCAGAAACCGACCUGGACGCGGUUCCGCUGCGCUGCUACCGGGAGACGGACAUCGACGAGGUGCUGCUGGCCGAGCAGGAGGACGCCGACUCUGCGUUCGGGAGUAACCGCAGCGUGCAGGGCACCUCGGGGACAGGCAGCAGCCCGCUGGGGGGUCUGGCUUAUGGCAGGACGGAUGGGGAGGAGGGAAGGGGAGAGGGGGAGGAGGAAGACGAGGAGGAGGAGGAAGAGGAAGAAGAAAUGGUGAGCUGGGCCAGUGUGAGGAUGCAAGGAGACAACAGGAAGCAGCAGUACGCAGCUCAGGAGCAGUCAGACGUGUUUGGUCACGUUCUGAAGAGACCAAUGGAAACGUUUUUUGACAGCCACCACCCGGCCCUGAAAUCCCCCAUCCUGGUCUCCGGUCCUCGCUGUGCAGCAGAGGACACCUUCAGCCGCCACUUUGAGAGCAUCAUGGAGUCUCACCGAGCCAAAGGCACGUCGUACAACAGCCUGGACAGCGAGGAGCUGCUAACCUCCAGCACCCAAACCGUCCUGACCUUUGACCUGCCCACACUAACCCCCGCCAUCCAUGGGCCGGUCUGCCAGAGCGCCAGGCAGAUUGUCCAGCUUAGCUUCGCCCCGCUGGCACACGACGAGAGGCCCAGCAUCUCUGACUCUAUCUUCACCGUGACGGGGGACUCGGACGCCACCAGAGCCCCCUCAAGCGAGAGGCUGAGCAGCGGUUCGGACGACACACCGCCCAAAGGGCGAGGGUGUUCACAGCUGGGGAGCAGCUGGUACAGCAACCCGUCUUUCUCGUUACCAAGCAGAGACAAGGCCCGCCUGGCGACAGAUUCGGAGCUGGACCAGGACCUCAGUGAACGACUGGGUCUGGACAGCAGCGAAACCCUCACCAAUGGCAGCCACCGUGCUGACGUGGCAGCCGCCAGACGCUUGGCCAAACGUCUCUUCAACUUGGACGGCUUCAGGAAGUCCGAUGUGGCGCGCCACCUCAGCAAGAAUAAUGACUUCAGCCGUAUGGUAGCAGAAGAGUAUCUGAGUUUCUUUACCUUCACAGGCCUCGCUCUUGACCAGGCGUUACGGACUUUCCUGAGGCAGUUUGCCCUGAUGGGGGAGACUCAGGAGAGGGAGAGAGUGCUGUCACACUUUUCUAAGCGUUACUUAGAGUGCAACCCAAAAACCAUACCGUCAGAGGAUGCAGUUCACACUCUCACCUGUGCCCUUAUGCUGCUGAACACCGAUCUACAUGGUCAGAACAUCGGUAAGAGGAUGUCGUGUACGCAGUUCAUUGGCAACCUGGAAGGACUGAACGACGGCCAAGAUUUUCACAAGGAUCUGCUUAAAGCUCUCUACAACUCAAUCAAGAAUCAGAAGCUGCAAUGGACUCUUGACGAGGAAGAGCUGCGGAAGUCGUUUUCGGAGCUCGGGGACAGCCUGUGUGACUCCUCUGCCUCCAGAUCGGUGAAGGGGGAGGGCAGCAGCGGGAAGCCCCUGCCGGACGAGCCGUCCGGAUCGCUGCUGUACAAGAACGGAUUCCUCGUCCGCAAAGUCCACGCAGACUCGGACGGCAAGAGAACACCAAGAGGGAAGAGAGGCUGGAAGACCUUCUAUGUGAUCCUAAAAGGGCUAAUUCUCUAUCUACAGAAAGGGGAGUACAGGCCUGAAAAACAGCUAUCUGAGGAGGACCUGAAGAACGCUGUGUCCAUCCACCACUCUCUGGCCAUGAAAGCUUCAGACUACAGCAAGAGGCCCAACGUCUUUUACCUGCGCACUGCUGACUGGAGGGUGUACCUCUUCCAGGCACCGAACGCGGAGCAGAUGCAGUCUUGGAUCACACGGAUCAACGCGGUGGCCGCCAUGUUCUCAGCUCCUCCUUUCCCAGCAGCCAUCGGCUCGCAGAAGAAGUUCAGCCGGCCGCUGCUGCCGGGGACGAUGUCCAAGCUGUCCGAGGAGGAGCAGAUCAGAUCCCACGAAGCUCGAUUCAGAGCGCUCUCCCAUGAACUGUCUGAGCUGCGCUCCUACACUCCUGACCGCAAGGUCAAAGGGCGCGAGCUGGAAGAGCACCGGCAGCGAGACGAGUAUCUGGACUUUGAGAAAACCCGGUACGCGACGUACGUCAUGCUGCUGCGAGCUAAAGUCCGGAGCGGUGAGGAGGACCUGUCCGUGUUUGAGUCCAAGCUCCUGGAGGACAACAGGCUGCAGAGGGCUCACUCCAGCCCCACGCUGCAGGACAGCAGCCAGGCCAGCCAGAUCAGCCAGGCCAGCAGCGCCAGGGACGGGGGCAACAGCAGCAAAGCCAGCGGCUGCAGCAGCAAGCCUCGACAGGAAGGCCAAAGACACAGCUACCGGCAGGCCGUCAAGAAGUGAGACGGGCCGGGGGGCGCCGGGAGCGGCACAGUGUUGCACUGCCAGCGGCAGGCUGUCUCCCUGCAAAGGUUUUUAUUUCAGAUCCAGGAGGGUUUGGAGCUCUGCUUGAAGGGGGAGCAGGUGUGAGGGUCUACCCCACACCCUCCCCCAAACCAUGAGGCCCCACCCGGCACCCCAAUCUUCUCAUUGAACAGAGGAGGUGCAGAUCCUGUGACUGGCAGAGUGGCUGAGAAACACCAGCGGGAACGUUGGUGGGGAGGACCGGCUGGGAGGUCACAGAUCUGCAGAGACGAGGUGUCUUUGAGAACGUUGGCUGGGUGCUGCAGCACACCGAACUGUGCAGCGAGAGGUAAAGAGAAGUGCUAAGAGAUCGAACAGAGACAUAACAUCCAGCAUCUUUUCCUUUUCUCCCCUUUUGUUCUUUCAAGGCACCUCUCCGGCCACGUUCUCCCACCUUUUUUCUUGACCUUUUAACUCAGUUUUUGGGACCAAACAUUUAAAAAAAAAUAAAAAAACAUCACAUUUUAGACCACUGAUGAUUUUGACGCCACUCUAAUUUGGAAGCGCUGUACAGUCACUGGACUCAUAACACAUGACCAAGGUUUUUUGGAGCCAUUUUACAUUCCAGCUCCUUGAUUUUUGCCACAUCGACGCGGUGUGUUCACAUUCCACGCAGGAGUGGGACAUUACAGCUUUUUAGCUCCUGUUUCACCGAAGGUGGUAUCAAGUUGAAUCUACAGACUGUGCGUGUUGAGUGCGUGGCUGCAGUGCACGACGUGAGGAGACGGGUGCAGCUCGUCUUUUUCUCUAGUCACUGAUGGCCGAUUAGAGGCGACGACGUCAGUCGAUCUUCCCAGUUCUCCUGAUAUGCAGCGACUGCAUCUCAACUGGAGGGGUCCUUUUUCUUGCUGUACUUGAACAAGAGACAGGAGAUCUCUUUCCCCCGGUUGCUUUGGCUUCUGUCCCGUGGUGUGCUUCUGUUCUCUUUCUAUUUCUUGGCCGAAUGUUGUUUUUCUCCAGUGAUCCGCAUGCCUGCAUCCAGCACUGCUUCUUUUAGGCCUUUUACUACUUUGAGGGCAAAACUGAGAGCAGCAAAAAAGAAGUUCUCGGGGGUGAUUUAAGUCCUUUUUUCCCCCCUCAUGCCAGUGCCAUAUUCAACACGUGUAAUCUCUGUCUGUACUUCUAGUCUCUCAUUUAUAAACCCUAUUUUAACACUCACCAGGCAGACCCUGAAUGUUCUUGUUUUUUCAAUAUUUUUACAGUAUUUUACAGUCGUUUGUUGAUGUUGAACCUAUUCCUCCUGUGUACGUCAUGUGUAUGAUGAACUAUGAUAUUGAAAAUGUAAAAGGAAAAUAUGUUAUCCAUACUCUUUGUAAA